AUGGGCAAUGAGGUCCAUCUAAAGGGGCAGGGCCAGGCUGGUGUGAGGAUGACACAGCGCCCCCUGUGGGAUCUGCAGUGCCACUACCCCGCCCCUGCCGCACACUUUUCUUCCUGGAUGAUGGAGGGAGAGCCCUUCACCUCUCCUCUCUCCUCUUUGCUGCACUCUGCCGGGGGGCACUUUGUCUCCCUCUCUUCCUCCUCCUCCUCCUCCUCCUCCUCCUCCUCGUCUUCUUCCUCCUCCUUUUCCGAUUCAGCUGCUGCUGCUAUGUCCCUGGAGCAGAAGACCACCUUCGCGCUGGUCAUUUUCCUCUUCGUCUUCCUGCUCAUCCUCAUCGUGCGUUGCUUCCGCAUCCUGCUGGACCCCUACCGCAGCAUGCCCACCUCCACUUGGGCAGAUGGCCUCGAUGGCCUAGAGAAGGGCCAGUUCGACUACACUCUGGCCUAG